AUGACAAUACCAGAGGAGACUCAGGUUCCUGUGAUCCCUAACUUUUCAUCUAGCUCGUUGAAUGCACAGGAUAAGGCGAAAGAUCAUGAGAACUCCCAUACUUUGACUGCAGAAAAUAAUGAGAUCACAUCAGAAAAUAAUAAUGAAGUUGGACAAAAACAAAUGACAGAGGGAAAUCCUAUAACUGAAACCUCAUCGGCUCCAUCAUCUUUUGCGUUGCCAUCAUUCAAGAUGUCGUCUUUAUUUGGAAGAUCCACUGGACAAAAUCAACAAUCCCAGUGUAAUGAGUACCAAAGUAAAGAUACCCAGGAAGAAUCACAAGAACCCACUGAUACACAAGUUAAUAGAAGUAGUCUCUUUGAUUCAUCAAUGAGUCAAGGGACUGAAACCCCAACCUUUUCUUUCAAUUUCAGGGCGUCCCUGUUGGGUAAGCGUCAUGAUAUUGAUGAAAGCAUGUCUGUUGCCGAUGAAGAGUCUCAAAAGAAUUUGAAUGAAAGUUUGAAGAUAUUAUCUGGCGGACUGAAAGAUCAACAUCUUGACGAAAACAAUAUCCAAAAAAGUUCCAUACAGGAGAACGUUGAACAAUCCGAAAAUAAUGAGAAUGAGCUGGACUCAGGUAAUGCACAACUUAUAAUAGAGAAGGUUCCCGAUUUCCUGGCAAUGUUCUCGAAAGCAAAACCUAAAACUGUCAGAUUAUCCAAUGGAUUUGAAUUUCAACUAAAACCAAAGGCUCAAUCAAUAUUCAAAAAAUCAGCUACAACGGACGAUGAUUCUCCAAAGAGUUAUGGUGUUGAUAUAAAUAAAGUGUACGUUGAAAUGGAAAAAAUGGAAAAAAUGAAAAAGCUUCGAGAAUCUAACUCAAAUACCAAAACUAAGCGUUACAAGGGACCUCUAUGGGUUGAAAAAUAUAGACCUAAGAGCUUUCUUGAUUUGGUUGGCAAUGAAAAGGCCAAUAGGUUGGCAUUAAGAUGGUUAAAACACUGGUCAACGGCAGUUUAUGGUGAAGAUAUCUCUGAUGGGUUAAGUAAACUUUCUUCAAGGAAAAAUUUCAAUGCUGGCGGUGAUGAUAGUGCUGAGAACCAACAACCCACAGAUGUAUAUAAUAGGCCUAACAAGAGAAUCUUACUUCUACAUGGUCCACCAGGUAUAGGUAAAACUACUAUUGCACAUAUGAUUACUAAACAUCUUAAUUAUGACGCUAUGGAAAUUAAUGCUAGUGAUGAAAGAUCUGGUCAACUGGUAAAGGAAAAAAUUCAUAAUGCCAUGGAUACUCAUACAUUUUCCGGGAACCCCACCUGUAUAGUCGCCGAUGAAAUUGACGGUGCCUCAGAAAAUGGGUUUAUCAAGGUCCUUAUAGAUUUGGUAAUAAAAGAUGCUAGAGCUACCAGAAAUAUCGCGCAACGAAGUAGUGGUGGUGGCAAGAAGACUAAAUCACGGGAUAAAUUAAUUCUCCGACCAAUAAUUGCAAUUUGUAAUGAUCUUUAUGCUCCGGUGUUAGAAAAAUUGAGACCACAUUGCGAAGUUAUAUCAUUUAGAAAACCCAAUGAAACUCAAAUUAAGGAUAGAUUGGAAAAAAUUUGCUCCGCUGAAAAUAUGAUGAUGACAUCUAAAGAAAUGUCUCAGAUCGUUGCGAUUAGUAAUUUAGAUAUAAGAAGUUGCUUGAAUUUACUACAGUUCAAUGGUGACAGUAUUAUUGAUGAUGAUAUGCAACAAGUUCGUGCAAAGGAUUCUAACUUGACAUGGUAUAAAAUUGUGGAUAUGAUUUUCAAAUUGGAUCUACAGAGAUCCAAAUCAGAAACAUUUUCCGAUUUGCAAAAUGAUUUGAAUAGUGUUAGUUCCAUUGAAAAAAUUGUCAACGGCUGUUUCCAAGUAUAUCCCCAGACCGUUUAUUCGGAUCCAGCGUUGAUUAAGAAAUCUGAUGCUCUUGGCGAUUGGCUUUAUUUCUACGAUAUAAUGUUAAACAGUAAAUACCAACAGAAUUCCGAUCUAGUAUGGUACUGCAACCAAGUUCCUUUAAAAUUUUAUUCAUUGUUUGCGGAAGGAAAAUCCACCUCGAAACCAAAGAAUUACAGUAUUCACAACAGCUGGGAAUAUUUUGAAUUACAAAAAUCUAAUUUUGAUAUCUGUCAAAAAGCCAUAACUGAUAAUGUUUUGAUGAAACCGUCCAUGUUUUCAUCGUUAAAUAGUCGAGAUUUUGUUGCCAUCGAAAUUCUUCCAAUUAUUAAUAAUUAUAUCUUGAAUCCCUCAUUUACGGAUAAAGAUAAAUCGUUUUUGAGCAAUGGUGAUAGCAAACGGAAAAUCGAUCAUUUGCUUAAUUUGCUCAAUGAUUUCAAUUUUAAAAUCGAAAAUGUGAUAAGUGAUCAAGGGAUCAAAGCCCUUGCUUUAUUGCCGAUCAUGGAUUCCGUCACCACGUUCCAAAAGGUCUCACAAUUCAAAUCUUUGGAUUCUCAACGUCAAACGUUGUUAAGAAACUUAUUGUUUGAGGCUGAAAAGCGUAAAAGGGCGAUUACUGCAACCAAAAGAAAGUUCCAUGAGACCCAGGACGCCAAAAGCGCCACAGUCACAGCCGCAGCAGCGAAGGAAGAAAAUAAUUUAAAGGUAGCAAAGAAUAAUGGCUCUGUAGAUUUCUUCAAGCGGUCCUAUGCCACACUUAACAAGGGUGGGGAAAAUAGUGAGGCUACAAAAGCUGCACCAGUGGACCUGGAAUUGAAGGUUUGGAUUAAGUAUCACGAAGGGUUUUCAAAUGCAGUACGUAAAAAUGUUAGUUGGAACGAUCUUUGGUCAUAG